GCAGCUUAGCUGCCAGAGAGCCAGGGGAGCGUCCCAGGGCCCAGCUGAACUCCUGGUCACCUCUCCCCACAUUCCCAUGUCUCAGCCGCCACCGCCGCCGCCCGCCGCCGCCAGUGACCCGGUGACCCCAGAGGGAGGUCUGGGGCCCGUGACCCCAGAGCACUGUGCAUCCGGACCCCCUUCGCAGGCGCAGCCGCUAUUAAGGCAGGAGGCUAAAGGGGAGGCGGAGGAAGGGGAGGAGACAGGCGUCCAGGGCGCCUGGGGAACCAGCACGGCGGAGCAGCGGCGGCGGGGCUGGGGGGAGGCCGCCGAGGCGGCCGAGGAGGGGCCGGUGGAGGCCUGGGGCUCCGCGGCUGCGGCCGGGUUAGGCACCCCGGCGGGAGGCGCGAGCAGCGGCCGCGGCAAUUGGCGACCGCUCCUCGCCUGGCUGCGACGGCGGCAGCCCCAGUGCUGCCCCUGUGCGGCGCCCCUUUCCCGCUCCGCCGCGCACUGUUGUCAUGGAGGAACCAAGAUGGCGGCUCUGGCCUACAACCUGGGCAAGCGGGAGAUCAACCACUACUUCAGCGUGAGGAGCGCCAAGGUGCUGGCGCUGGUGGCCGUGCUGAUGCUCGCAGUGUGCCACCUCGCCUCCCGCCGCUACCGAGGAAAUGAUUCUUGUGAAUAUCUUCUUUCAAGUGGCAGAUUUCUUGGAGAAAAAGUUUGGCAACCUCACAGUUGUAUGAUGCACAAAUACAAAGUCAGUGAAGCAAAGAACUGCCUUGUAGAUAAACAUGUUGCAUUUAUUGGAGAUUCCCGAAUUCGUCAAUUGUUUUAUUCUUUUGUAAAAAUAAUUAACCCCCAAUUCAAAGAAGAAGGAAAUAAGCAUGAAAACAUUCCUUUUGAAGACAAAAUUGCAUCAGUUAAGGUGGAUUUUCUGUGGCAUCCAGAAGUUAAUGGUUCUAUGAAGCAAUGUAUCAAAGUAUGGACUGAGGAUUCUGCUACAAAGCCCCAUGUGAUUGUAGCAGGAGCUGCCACAUGGUCUAUCAAGAUACACAAUGGUAGUAAUGAAGCACUUACCCAAUAUAAAAUUAACAUUACAUCUAUAGCGCCACUUUUAGAAAAAUUGGCAAGGACUAGUGAUGUUUAUUGGGUCCUACAAGAUCCAGUUUAUGAAGACCUGUUAAGUGAAAAUAGGAAAAUGAUCACUAAUGAAAAAAUAGAUGCCUACAAUGAAGCUGCAGUCAGUAUUUUAAAUAGUAGCACCAGAAAUUCUAAAUCAAAUGUUAAGAUGUUCAGUGUUUCCAAAUUAAUUGCUCAAGAAACUAUCAUGGAAUCUUUGGAUGGCUUACACCUUCCUGAAUCCAGUAGAGAAACUAGUGCAAUGAUUCUCAUGAACGUGUAUUGCAAUAAGAUUUUGAAGCCCGUAGAUGGUUCCUGUUGUCAACCUCAGCCUCCUCUUACUCUCAUACAGAAGCUAGCUGCUUGUUUUUUCACUUUCUCUAUUAUCGGUUAUUUAAUUUUUUACAUAAUUCAUCGUAAUGUUCAUCGGAAGAAUAAACCAUGUACUGAUUUGGAAAGUGGAGAGGAAAAGAAAAAUAUUAUCAAUACCCCUGUGUCUCCUUUAGAAAUACUUUUACAGUCUUUCUGCAAACUUGGCCUGAUUAUGGCUUAUUUCUAUAUGUGUGACCGUGCAAAUCUAUUUAUGAAAGAAAACAAAUUUUAUACACACUCAACUUUCUUUAUUCCAAUUAUCUACAUCUUGGUUUUGGGAGUAUUUUACAAUGAAAAUACUAAAGAGACUAAAGUACUAAAUAGAGAACAGACAGAUGAGUGGAAAGGCUGGAUGCAACUUGUGAUUUUGAUUUAUCAUAUCUCUGGAGCAAGCACAUUUUUGCCAGUGUACAUGCACAUUCGAGUUUUGGUUGCUGCAUAUCUGUUUCAGACAGGAUAUGGACAUUUCUCAUACUUUUGGGUAAAAGGAGACUUUGGUAUCCAUAGAGUAUGUCAGGUCUUAUUUCGCCUCAAUUUCCUGGUAGUGGUGUUAUGCAUAGUAAUGGAUCGGCCAUAUCAAUUCUACUACUUUGUCCCUUUGGUCACUGUAUGGUUCAUGGUCAUAUAUGUUACUUUAGCACUCUGGCCACAAAUAAUCCAAAAAAAAGCAAAUGGUAAUUGUUUCUGGCAUUUGGGCUUGCUGUUGAAACUAGCCUUCCUACUAUUAUGUAUAUGGUUUUUGGCAUAUUCUCAGGGUGCAUUCGAGAAGAUCUUUUCUCUUUGGCCACUGUCCAAGUGUUUUGAACUGAAAGGAAAUGUCUAUGAAUGGUGGUUCAGAUGGAGAUUAGAUCGUUAUGUAGUUUUUCAUGGAAUGUUGUUCGCUUUCAUUUAUUUGGCUUUGCAAAAGCGUCAAGUGCUUUCUGAAGGAAAAGGGGAACCUCUUUUUUCAAACAGGAUUUCAAAUUUUCUAUUGUUUAUUUCAGUAGUUUCUUUCUUGACUUAUUCCAUCUGGGCUAGCAGUUGUAAAAACAAAGCAGAGUGCAAUGAACUUCAUCCAUCUGUUUCUGUGGUACAGAUUUUAGCUUUUAUUCUGAUAAGAAAUAUCCCUGGAUAUGCCCGUUCAGUUUACAGUUCAUUUUUUGCGUGGUUUGGAAAAAUCUCAUUGGAGCUGUUUAUAUGUCAGUAUCACAUAUGGUUGGCGGCGGACACAAGGGGUAUCUUGGUACUCAUCCCUGGAAACCCUAUGCUCAACAUCAUCGUCAGCACUUUCAUAUUUGUCUGUGUAGCACAUGAGAUUUCUCAGAUCACCAAUGACCUUGCGCAGAUAUUCAUUCCUAAAGAUAAUUCAUCUCUAUUGAAGAGGUUAGCAUGCACUGCUGCAUUCUUUUGUGGACUCCUCAUUUUAUCAUCCAUUCAAGAUAAAUCAAGACAUUAAAUAUUUUACAUUAAAAAAAAAACCAUAAACUCUUCUGACAAUUUUUGUGUCUGCCUCAGAAAAACAUCUGCCUGGAGAUAUGUAAUGUAAAUAAAAACGGGUGUGGCAAGAGGACAGCUAAGUGUCAUCUGCUGAGCAUAUGUGGCUGUAUGUAUUUGAAAUGUACAUAACUGAUUCGAAAUGCUAAAAGAAAAAAAAAAAAGAUGAAGCAGGAUACAUUGUAUAGGAUUGCAUGUGAAGAGUCUUUUUCCCCCCAAGCUGUAUUUCCAUGUAUAAAUGAUUUCAAGUUGAAAUACAGUGGCAAGAAAACAGUGAACUCUCCAGAAAAUAAUACAAAUAAUUUGAUUAGUUCGAUGUCACCACUAAGUUUGUUUUUUUUUUUUUUUUUACUUACUAAAUUUGUGGUAAUAAGAUUGUCUAAGCCUAUAUUCAUCACUAAACUUCCUAUUUCACUGAAAUCUUUCUUCUCCGAGAAUAACUAGUUUUGUUCUCUUAUAUGUACAAUGAUAUGGAAUGAUAAACAGUAUGUCUCUAAUUUAUGUAUGUUCAUGUUACGGUGUUAUAUGAUACUUGAUUUUGCUUUCUAAUGUGAUUUUCAGGUAUACAGACUAAUUCUUGAACAGUUUCACAGUAUUGCUCUAGACUUCAUAAUAGGAUUUUGCCAUUGUUGAUGUUUCUUUUCAUAAAGGCCAAAUGUACUUUCCAACCCAUUCACCUAUUUCCUUCCCUUAAGUGUGUAAUGUUAACUGUCCUGUGGUUCCACUUAGAGUGUUUUCCCUCAACCAAUUAGUUUUUGUAUAUUAUUUCCAAUGUUUGGAAAGCUCCUUAUAGUCAUUUUGGUAUUUCCUAGUACUCCUAUUUAAAAAAAAAAUAUAUAUAUAUAUAUAUAUUUAUCAAUCUGUACUGUGCAGUGUAGUAAAUAUUCAAGUUGUUACAAUUGAAAUGUAUGACCAUAAGUAGAAUUUUUAGUAAAUUAGUGACUUUGGGCAACAUAUGUAUUUAGUUUUGUUUAGUUUUGUCUUGUUACAAACUGAUAAAAAUUUAUUUAUCUGUUGUACAGAUUUGAUUAGACUUUUUAUGUUUGGAAGGUUGUUUGCUCUUACUCUGUGUGGGAUAAAAAUAUUUUCUGUUCAUGAUAUGUGAAAAUAUGUAGUAAUUUAAACAGUAAACAAAUGUUCUGUGGAUGCUUAUUUUUGUAUUGACAAAGUGUCAAUUAAACUAUAUGUGUUAUUUUAAAACAA